GCUGGCAAAUAUGUUAAUAUUCGAAAUUAGGAAUUUGAUCUGCUCAAGUGAGACGUUUGCAUAUAUGAUAUUACAUGUAGUUAUCGACGUAUAAGAUAUAAGGAAGUUCAUUAAUGUGAGCAAGUACAGUAGAAACUGCUGCGUCAGGUGGGGUAUAAUAAGCCCCACCUACUCAGGUAGACAAAUAGUGAGUGUAGACACCCCACUAUGCCCGCCUACCGCCUACGGGUAGUGGACCUAUCACCUAUCCGUACCUCUCACCCGUCACUUCCAGGCUGGCUAUCAUAAACCAACCAUAGGUACUGGACGCAACUGUCGACAUCUUAUUCCUCCUUUCUUCCGUCAUACACAUACGCUACGCUACAACUUACUCGCCGGAUACAACAUCCUCAAAACCACUUACUUCUAAAACCCCCAAAGGUCGCCACCCUCCAACACCGCCAAGAUGAUGAUCAAAGUGAGAACCCUGACGGGCAAGCUGAUCUCGCUCGAUGUCGAGCCUACCUCCAAGAUCGAGGAUGUCAAGAAGAAGGUCGAGGAGAAGGAGGGAAUCACACCCGAUCAGCAGCGACUUAUCUACGGCGGAAAGCAACUACACGACCAGUUAACCAUGACGGAGGCCGCUAUCGUCCCCGACGCAACUCUGCACUUAGUCCUGACCCUGCGUGGCGGCAGCAGCAGCAGCUGCUGCUAGACCCCCUCCCACACCCACCCACCCUUCCGACCCGAAACUCUAGAUUCCAAACUCCCCAACUCCCAGCCGCAUAUCUGUCAUAUUGCGCCCUCAAUAGACAGAGCCAUUACACCUCCUACUUCUUAAGAUACCUAGCUUCUAUAGUAGUGCCGGCGGGGAUGACAAGGUCUACGAACGGCGUUUAUGUGGAAAAAUAAUAAUAAUGCCGUCAUCGGGGAACAGGCCUGCGCAUAUUGGAACUUAUACAGGUGCUCUCUGCUAUUACGGAAGACUCCUAUUCCUCUAGGUAGACUCGGCAUCGCGGAAUUACCGCUAAUAGACCGUACCAACGCACCUAGAAGUAGCGUUCCCAAUUAAGAUGAACUAUAUGAAUCUUGACUAGGUACUGAUCUAGCUGUGAACCUUCGUGUUUUGCUUUGCCGGUCGGGGCAUACGUCCUAGUACUUUGUUAGUAAUUUGGUUAUUUCUAGCCGUGACAGCACUGGAGGAGUUCUAAGGGGGAGUAUCUACUAACUCGGCUGUAAUUUACGAUAAGUUUACACAUAGUAUGGUUUACGUUACGUAGACACAAAGAUAGGCCUGGCUUUUAUAACCC